CCUUCAAUGUAACCUUCAGCCCCAUUGACUUUUUCUGUUUUCCCCCGACUUCUUUAUUCUAUGUCCCUCACUGAGGCACUUGAGCCCGGAGCAGAAGAAAAGCAGAGCGGAGGGACGAAUUAGAGAGCAGCAGAAAGAAAACAGACUUGGAAGGGGCCCAUGCGGAGAACACCAUUUCAGAUAAGAUACUUCAUAUCCAGCACUAUUCAUAACUAAAAAGACAUCAGGUCUAUUUUAUCAACGGAAUUCAAAAAUCUCAUAUUGGAGCUCCAGCAGGAGAGAAAUUAUUGCAACUGUUUCAAUGUGAUUCUACAUAUCUGAGUUAAACAGCCCUUUGUUUUAACUCAGAUACAUGAAGAGACAAUCAAACGGUACCGGAUAGAAAAGAACAAAGUGAAACAGGAUUCAGAAACCACCGCUUGAAGACAACAGGAGUGCGUGCAAAGAAAUUAAACCUAGCAGAGGUAAAGAAGACGGCGCCACAGAAGGAUGGCAAACCUUGGUCUACAGUUGUUAGGUUACUUCCUCGCCUUGGGUGGCUGGAUCGGCAUCAUCGCCACAACAGCUUUGCCCCAGUGGAAGCAAUCAUCAUAUGUCGGUGAUGCAAUUAUCACCGCUGUGGGUCUGUAUGAGGGGCUGUGGAUGAGUUGUGCUUCGCAGAGCACAGGACAGGUCCAGUGCAAGAUCUUUGACUCGAUGCUUUCUCUUGACAUCCAUAUCCAGACAUGUCGUGCCCUAAUGGUGGUGUCAGUACUGCUUGGCCUAAUCGGCAUCAUCAUCAGUGUGGUUGGCAUGAAGUGCACAAAGGUGGGAGAAAAUAACCCAGCAGUCAAGACACGCAUUGCAGUGACUGGAGGGUCUCUCUUCCUUCUAGCAGGUCUGUGUACAUUGGUUUCUGUUUCCUGGUAUGCAACACAGGUGUCUUAUCAUUUCUUCAACCCAAAUACCCCAGCCAAUGCCAGGUAUGAGUUUGGCUCAGCCCUCUUUGUGGGCUGGGCAGCAGCAAGUCUGACUGUACUCGGGGGCUCCUUGCUGUGCUGUUCCUGCUCCAAAGAUGACAUGCAGGGCCAGCAGUAUUAUCGGCAAUCGCAGCCUUCUACGGCCAGGGAGGCAGAGUUGUUGAGUGAAACUAGUUUCCCUGACUGAUCUGCUUUUAUCAAGGAUUUUCCGACUGUCCAACCACUUUUUCUCCUUUUUCCUCUUUGCCUUUGACUCACAAACAUUAUUUCUGACUGAAUAUUGUACACCUAUUUGAGAUUUUAUUCGUCUUGUCCUGCACCAGACAUCCAUCUUUUGAAUUUUGAUAUUAUUGACAUGACCAAAUCUGCUUCAUUGAAAAACUUUGCUUGAACAUUUAAUUUUUUUUAAAUUCAUUUGCAUCUCCUGUUAAACAUUAGUCUGAAACUUGAACUGUGAAAUGUUACAAUGAAUUUUGAUUUUCCUUUUAACGAUUAUGAACUACACAGUACUUUGUUAUUAUUACAAACCCAAUUCCAAUGAAGUUGAGAUGUUGUGUUCGACAUAAAAACAAAAUCACAAACAAAGAUCACGUUCAGCCUAUAUUUAAUUGACUACACUACAAAGACAAGAUAUGUAAUGUUCAAACUGAUCAACUACGAUUAUUAGAAAAUUAUCAUGAAUUUAGAAUUUUAUGGUUGUGAACUACUGUGUGAGAAAAUAGCCAAACAGUUUUAGGAUAAUUUUCUUCAAUGUACAAUUACAAGGAAUUUAGGGAUUUCAACAUCUACAGUCCAUAUUAACAUCAAAAGGUCCAGAGAAUCUGGAGAAAGCACUGCAUGUAAGUAUUAACAUUGAAUGCCAGUGACCUUUGAUCCUUCAGACGUCACAUCAGAAAACUAAUGUCAGUAAAUGCAGUUCAGCGCUGUACUGUAUCUCUAAGUGCAACUUUAAUCUUGACUACGCAAAAUUUAUCAACAACAUCUAGAAACUCCGCUGGGUUCUCUGGGCCCGAACUCAUUGAAGAUGGACUGAUGCAAAGUGGAAAAGUUUUCUGUGGUCUGACGAGUCCACAGUUGAAAUUGUUUUCCGAAAUUGUGGACGUCGUGUCCACCGGGCCAAAGAUGAAAAGAACCCUGUGGACUGUUAUGGUCGCAAAGUUCCAAAGUCAGCCUCUGUGAUGGUAUGGGGCUGUGCUCAUUCCAAUGGCAUGGGUAACUUACAUGUCUGUGAAGGUUAUGGAGAAACAUAUGAUGACAUCCAAGCGCUCUCUCUUUCAUGGAUGCCCCUGCUACAAGACGAUACCAAACCACGUCCUGCGCGUGUUACAACAGUGUGGCUUCAUCGUAAGAGAGUGCGGGUACGUGACUGGCCUCCCUGCAGUCCACACCUGCCUCCCUUUGAAAAUGUGAGGCGCACUAUGAAGCGUAAAAUAUGACAACGGAGACCGUAAAGUGUUGAAGCUGCACAUCAAGAAAGAAUGGGAACGGAUUCCACCUACAAAGCCUCAACAAUUAAAGUCCUCAGUUCUCAAAGGUUUAUUGAAUCUUGUUAAAAGAAAAGAUGAUCUUACCACGAUUGAAAAUGUGACCCUGCCCCAGCUAAACAAUAAAGUUUAUCAGUUUGAACAUUAAA